AAAUUCCCAGACCGAACCAUUGUGACACCAUCGUUCAGGGAAGUGAAGAGCUGUGCAGGGCCGGACCUCGCUGGCAGGCAGCUGUGUGACUGUGCCCUGGGAGGUCGGGGACAGGAAGUCCGAGGGCCCAGCUAACCCCCCAGCCCAGCACGCCUUAGUGUUCACACCACCUCAAAGGUGGCGCUGUACCCGCGAUGCCCGCGAGCGUCCUCCUGCCGUGCCCGGCGUCCCGGAUGGACUUUCUCAAGGCCUCGCACUUCGCAUUGGGGCCGGACCCGCGGCUGCACCGCGGAACCGAUCGCCCCCCCUGCCCUUCCUCAGGGGGUCCCAAUACCCUCAGGUGGGACUACAAGGGACAGAAAGACACCUCCUACAAGAGACAAUUCCAGGCCCUGCCCAGCCCACCUGCCUCCAUGUGUAAGAGGGGCACGUCCUCCGUGCAUUUGGGAGAUUGCAAGACUGGCUGUGGCCCAGUGUGCUCAGAGUUGAAACGGACCCACACACCUCAGGGGCUGCCCCCCAACAGGUACAAGACCCAGGCGGCCACCCGCAUCCACUGUGUCAGCGUCCCACCUGGAGAUGGCCUCUUCCACGACAGGACCACAGUGGGCGACCACUUCUACGUGCAGGAGCCAGAGCCUCUCCUGCUUCACCAUGAUCAGACUCCGGAAUCGCACAUCCUGAAAGGAAACUGGUGCCCCGGCCCUGGAAGCCUCACAACCUCCAUGCAGCAUUUCUACGGCCAGCCACCACCUCCAACCCAGCCGCCCAGCCGCCAUGUGACCCAUGAGAAACUGCAGGGUCAUGUGACCCUGGGAGAGCCCAAGCUGCUGGGACACUUCUUUCAAAGCAGCAUGGGCUCAGCCUACUGUGCCCCAGACGCAGGGAAACCACCGAAGGCACCCAACCUCCACUUCACACAGAGCAACCUGCCUCAGGGGAGCGGGGAAUUUGACUUUUCAACCACGAACCAGACGGUGCUGAAGCCGCACGGAGCCGCUGGAGCGCGCGUGACUCGAUGCAAGAACAGCCACCUGGAGUUCCCGCUGGGGCGACAGCGCUUCUUUGCCACCCACUACAAAGAGGGGUUUCCCUGCAAGUACCAGGGCCCCGCGGCGCUGAGAAUGAGCGACACCCGGGAGAGCUUCGUGCCGCUGGGCACGCCUCGCCAUCGGGGCUGCCCAAGAGAAGCGCGAGACUCAGGCCCCCAGGUCCCUUUGUACCCUUGCCCCAGCCAGCAAUAA